CACUAGACACGAAUUUCAAGUAAUGGAGUUGCAGAUUGAGGAACAUCAACCAAAAUUGACAACCGGUAUCACGAACUAUGCAUGAAACUAUACAUCCCUACAUCUCAGUCGGACAUUUGCCUUCGAAGACGUGCGGCAGUUAGCAGAGAUCUGAAUUUUGACAAAGUCAACAGUCAGCCUCUGGAUGCUGCAAGAAGGAACCACACAGAGUUCAAGAACUUAUAACUCUUGGGUGCAGUUGUAAAUAGUAACGAGAUAGUUGGUCAUGGAUGGAAAGCCAGCAGAGGGCGCUAGACUCAUUCAGGAGGCGAAAAUUGAACUAAUAGAUGCUUUGAGUGUGGACCCUGACUUUGUUCUGCAGCAUGUCCAUGCCGAAAGCAUACUUACCCAGCGACAGUAUGAUCACGUCAAAGGCCUCACCAGUCUUUCAGAUAAGGCGCGAGACAUUCUUGAUUUUGUGAUGAAGAAAGAUGAUGCUCUUAUACAAAGGUUCCUGGACCUGCUACGGAAAGAUGAGAUGCAAGAGAUGUUUCCCACGUUGGUUUUUCUUAAAGAGAUCCCCCAAAACAAGAAGCAAGUUACGGAAAAGACCAAAAGGAAACAUCCAAAUGACUCAGAGGAAGACAACUCUCCAAAAAAGAUAUGCAAGACCAACUCUUCCAUAGUGUCAGAGAAGCAGCUCAUGCAGGUGGCUGGAGUUGUGGGACACUGCUGGAAGCAGAUUGGAGUGAUGGCUCUAGAGAUACCUACGGCGUGUCUAGAACAGAUAGAGGAAGAAAACCGACACUGUCACAGAGACAAAGUGUUUGCUAUGCUGCGCAGAUGGAUCAUGCAUGAGAGACACAAGGCCACGUGCAUCCGUCUCCACUCCCUUCUGUCCCAGGGAGAGUUUGAUAUAUCUCCAGGGAGCAUAGACUUCCUCCUGGAGAAACCAGGCAGCUGAUGAUUAGCAGCACUGAAUACUCUGUUUCUGUACCCAGACCUGUUCAUUCACACAAUACUACAUACCACUUACUGAGUUUACUGAUCUGGGGACAGGGGGAUCUGUCAGUUAGUGAGAGAAGAUCAGGAAGUGUUUGAAUUGUCAGUCAGUUUCUCUUUCAUUGUUUGGAGGUAAUAAAAAAGGAUAAUGUACAAGUGGGAGGAAAUUCUCUGGUCUGUUUAAAAUCUAAGACAGAAAACAUGACAUUGGCAAAUAUCUAAUUUCCAUUCUUUGUCUUUUAUGUUUGUCUGUUAUUUUAUCAUUUGGAUUGUUUUUCACUGUUUUUAUGUCAUUUCCUUUGUUUUUACUUUGGGCACUUUGUUGUAUAUCAGUUUAUAACAUUACAGUAAUUGUUCAAUCGUAAAACAAGGUUACAGUACCAGAUGGUAAACGUUAUGUUAUAAUACUUCUUCCAUUUUUGGCAUGCGGUCACAAUGUCAAAAGAAAUGUUGAAUUCUUUUUUUUCUGAGCAGAAAGGCUAGCCUUUACUGUCUAUACCUGAGUUUCUUGUUCCAAAAGAAACCAUUGCAUUUUAAAUGAAUCAUGAAGCAACCAGGUAAUGAUUUACAUCUCUGCCGGGUGCAACCCUAGUGGAAAAUUACUGUUCCCUUUUGAUUUGGUUUUCUUAAAAGACAAAAGGAAGGCAAGGUGUAAAUCACCA